CAGACAGUGGCCACUCUUCAGGAUAACAGCACACUGCGGAGGGCAUUUAAACGCACUCUACUGUUGCUACGACUGCUGUACACAUCGGAGUGCUCGUCUUUUUUAAUUGGUUUAUUACUUAAGAGGAGUGUUUUCGUCUGUCGUGCUUGGGUCAAGAAACAGAAGCCAGAUUUCAUGCCGGUUUUCGGGAAACAGUGGACGACUUCACGGUCGUGACACGACUUUGACGGGCGCGGUGCGGCGGAGUUGGCGCACUGCUGGACUGGAUAUAUUAUUCGCUUGAAGCCAAGACGGUCUGCACCACCAUUUAUACUGCGCCUGAGUUCACUUCUCUUCUCGCUGUAUUGGUUCUUGUGACUCUCGCCGGGUGAAUAGGGGUCGUCUACGCCGGCUUUUCAGUUUGAAUAUGUUGCUGUCAAAGUUUGGUUCAUUUUCCCAUAUUUGCAACCCUUCAAGUAUGGACCAUCUACCAGUGAAAAUACAGCUCCAGCCAGUGAAAGUGGAAAAGGAGCCCUUUGAGAAGGUUUACCAAGUGGGAUCCGUGCUGGGCAGCGGAGGAUUUGGGACAGUGUACGCCGGCAGCCGGAUCUCCGAUGGCGCACCGGUUGCUGUGAAACAUGUUGCAAAGGAGAGGGUGACCGAAUGGGGCACAAUUAACGGAGCGAUGGUCCCUUUGGAGAUCCUGCUGCUGAAGAAGGUCAGCUCGUCGUUUCGCGGAGUUAUCAAAUUGCUGGACUAUUACGAGCGCGCGGACGGCUGGCUGAUCGUUAUGGAGAGGCCGGAGCUCGUCAAGGACCUUUUCGACUUCAUCACCGAGAAGGGCGCCCUGGACGAGGACACUGCUCGGGGCUUUUUCCGCCAGGUUCUGGAGGCGGUCAGACACUGCUACAGCUGCGGUGUAGUGCACAGAGACAUCAAAGAUGAAAACCUGCUUGUGGAUCUACGCACCGGGGAGCUCAAGCUUAUUGACUUUGGCUCAGGGGCGAUUCUCAAGGACACAGUGUACACCGAUUUCGACGGUACGAGAGUGUACAGCCCACCAGAGUGGAUCCGCUUCCAUAGAUACCAUGGUCGCUCUGCAACGGUGUGGUCGCUAGGCGUGCUGCUGUAUGACAUGGUGUGUGGAGACAUCCCCUUUGAGCAGGAUGAGGAGAUCCUCAGAGGAAGACUGUACUUCAGGAGGAGGAUUUCGACCGAGUGCCAGCAGCUGAUCAAAUGGUGCCUGGCCCUGCGGCCCUCAGACCGGCCCACCCUGGAGCAGAUUUGUGACCACCCCUGGAUGAGGGCGACAGAGUCACCUAAGUCGCCAGAGGAGCCGGUCCCCGGCGACAUCCGCCUCCGAACCAUCGACACAAACUCUUCUUCAAGCACAAGGUCGAGCAAGGAGAGCCUCUGAGGACGGCUCUCAUGGACUGAAUAGACUUUGUGGGAAAAGAAGGGGUUUGGAUGGAGGGAGUGAUAUGGACUCGAGGCCAGCAGCCUGUAGCCCAAGCGGCCCAUCAGCGGCUGGGCGCUUCACUCAGCUGGUCCACUAAAACGAUGUACUUUAAUUUUCCUCUUUUGUAGGGAAUUUCUAAUUUAUUACCAUUUGUUCUUCCUUAUCUUAUUUCCCCCCAUCCCCUCUUAUUUUUUCUUUCAGUUGAUUAUACUUGUUUCCUAAUCAGGAAAAUAUUUCUGUUUGGGCGGUCUUACCAGCACUAUUUACCCCCCUCCCUUUUUUAAAAUACUUUUAUUUCUCUUGUUUUGUUAAUAGGCUGGUAUAUGCAGCUGGCAAGGCCCUCCUACUCAGAUAUGGCUGCUCUCAUAGAGCUUGGAGAGAACCUUUUAUUUAAAUGUUUUAAUUUUGAUUUUGUAGUGCCUUUAUUUUGGAAAGCUGCUUUUCUGGGGCUUUUGUCAACAACUCUGUUUUUUUUGGAUUUACCCAUGGCCUGGGGGCUAACUUGCCUGUGCUGUGAUGGAAGGGGGGGAGGCUUAGGCUGUUGGGGUAUUUUUGUUUUGUUUUUAUCCCCUCCUCUCCAUCACUGUAAACCAACCAACUCCCAGCCAAGAGGUUAAGAUAGCAUUAGAUAGAAGAAAAGGAGGUGGGGGCUCUUCCUGACAAUGGAAUACUUGAAAAACACUUGACUCAACUCUGUGUCGCUCUCUUUAACGCUGCUCACUCACUCUAUAGCCUGAACAGGUGUUUGGAAACUGGAUCCUGUCUUUUUUGAAUGUCUACAAAAUGUCAACACACACACCUCCCCACCCCCGCUGUUUUCUCCCUCUCUUCCCUCAUGCCUGCUGUGGGGUGUGUGGCCCUCUUGACUUUUAUUUUAUUUUUGCCUCCCGCCAUCUCACUGCUUGACACUACACGGCCCCCGCCCCUGGCCUCCCUCAGGGUGUGGGGUGUGAAAUGCACAAUCAAUGCAAUAUUCAUGGACUCAACUAUGUAUUUUUUCAACAAAUAUUGUACAGCGUGUUUUAUUUUUUUUUUUUCUUCUUUUUUUUUGUGUCUCCCCCACUGAUCCCUGUUUGCAUUUAAUUUAUUUGUAAACAUGUAGACAUUCCACACUCUGUGGCUAUUUAUUUAUUUAUUGUCUAUGCUUAAAAGCCCCCCCUCCCCCCUCCCCACCCCAAAAAAACUUUGCAUAUCCACUUGGUCUUUGGUUUGCAUUCCUAUAACUUAUUUUUACAUUUUGACAUGGGAUUUUUUUUUUUGAGAUGUGGAGGAUGCACUGAAGCAGUUGUCGAUGUAAAGCAGAAUAAAAAAAGUUUACUUAAAUUUGAAAUGAGCAUUUGAAUGUUAUUUACCUACUUUAAAAAGUCUGGAGAUGUUGAAUGGCCAAGUAUCAAGAGAAAUUCACCUGGUUUCUGUACUGUCAAAAUUAAUUUGAGUUCUAUGGGAAGCUGAAGAACGGGUGGAACAACUUUCGUAGUUGUCACAUAGCCUCAUAUCGGAGAUCUUUCAGUUUAGUUGUGUGACUUGUGGCUGUGAAGGAUGGAUAUUGCUAUUUUUUUAUACAAAAGUUUCAAUUAAACUCCCAUUUUUAUGUACAGAAA